AUGUGGUCUAGCGCCGCCACUGCUCCGAAGAACCCUAAAACCUUACCAAAAAACAAAACAGCACUUCACCUAGUCCAGAAAAUUUCACAAUGUGACAAUGAUCCGCACGUUCCAGCUAUGUUACCCGUAUUGGUGGAGCCGAGAGCGGCUGUACCAUUGGCUCCAGCUAAUGCCGCGGGAUUCCACCUGGAACUGUUUCAUCUGUAUCUUCGCGCUGGCCGCCAUAGUGUGGGUAGUUGUAGAGAUUCAGUCGGGUACGUGCUUGAUUCCAUAUCGUACCUCCACUACAUUGUAAACAGAGAGAUCUGGCAGAAGAACUUUAAGACACUAUGCUACGUCCUGCGCAUGCACCGCCCAAUUCAAUACCUCUGGAACUUAAACGACUAUACGUUAAAAGGCAGCAUACUGGGUACAGCUCUCAAGUACUUCUACCUGUUCUUCGUGCUGAGGAUCAUGUGGGCUUUGAUCUGGCUUCAUGUCGAUGAGUUCGAACGCAAACACAUCGAGGAGUAUAGCAGGAGAGCCUUACACGAAGUACAAACAGAGCUGAAGCAGACGAACCCCGCUAGUCAAUUUCUUGGCGCGCUGUACAUCGUAAACAAGAUGUUCAUACCGAUCGGGCCGUCAGUUGCUCCAGCCAAUGACAUGGAGCGCAUCGCAUGCUUGCUGGUGAUGCUGACCGGAAGUCUGGUGGUGACCGGUGCAGCUGUGGCGUCCUUAUCUCUCGUCAUCAGCAUCUACAUGCGCCCUGAAGAGGCCUUCCAGGAGAGAUACCGUCUGAUCAUAAAGGAAAUGGUAGAGUCCAUGGUGCCACCGAGUCUCCGUGAAAAGGUGGAGACAUUUUAUAAGAUGUACUGGCACAAGCAGAAGGCAGUGUCGGCCACGCAGCUGCUCCCAACCUACCCUCCUACGUUGCCGAAUACCAUUUACACUGACAUCUAUUUCGACGCCACGCAAAAGAAUCGCAUAUUGUGUGACUUAUCUUACGAGUUUCUGUCGAAGUUGGCGAAAAAAAUGAGCACAGUACUGUACAUCCCCGGAGACGCCAUCAUCAAGAGGUCUUCCAAGAAGUCUACCAUGAUCUUCAUCGCUUACGGCGAUAUCGAGAUGGUAUCUGCAGAGGACGACAGCACGGCGGUGUUGCGUCUGACGCGCGGCUCCUUGCUGGCGGGGUGCGCGGGUGGUGCGGUGGCGGCCUGCGCGCGCGCCUACGUCGAGAUCCGUGCUGCUACCUUCUGCAUCACGCAUGCGCUUACUAUGAGAGACCUGUGGCUGGUGGUGUUAAAGCACAAGAGUAGCAUUUUGCAUUUCAAACGCAAACUGAUGGCACUGAAGGAAGAGACGGAUGAACGUGGCGAUCAGCUUCUCCAACGGAGAGACGUCUUCUUGAAGAUAGCUGAUGUGAAGAUAGCUGGUAAAGCAGUUCUACCUGCCACACCAGCCAUCCUCACCUUGCCGGCCUGCAUGUUGCUUCUUCACGCCUCCUUUAAAGGAUCCCAGGUUACGCACCCCUAUUAUUUGGUAUUCAAGAAGAAUGUCCCAGUGGAGUUCAGGUUCUUCGAUUACGUAGUGACUAUGCUGUACGUUCUGGACCUCAUUGUAUACCUUUCCACGGGGGCUAACGUCGAAGAAGGAGUGCCGAUAACGUUUUCUCAAACGUCGGCGCAACAGAUGCGUAGCCGCUGGUUCGUGCUGGACGUGGUCGGUACUCUUCCUCUCUUCGAGUUCGUAAACGAUGGACACUUCGCCGGCAUCAACAAACUACUCAGGCUCCCUAAGGUAACGCAUCUUCUUCUUCUUGUUGUUGCUACGGGCGUUUCCGCAACUCGACGUCCUUAUGGCGCCUGUUUUGCGUGAGGAGGGUGUAUGGCCGGGAUCACUCCAGCCAGCCCAGCUCCCCCAGGAACGCCCCCAGGGCCUUCACAUUGGUGACUGCCUCUUGAAGGUUUCCCGGUGAGCCGAGGUAUUUCGCCCGGUAUUCGGCCACUCCGUUGCAUUCCAGCAGAACGUGAGUAGCUGUUUCUUCUGCCUCCAUGCAUCCUCUGCAUAGGGGGCUGUCCGUGGCACCUAUGUUGAAAAGAUGUCUGUUAAAAUGUGCAUGUCCAGUAAUAGUACCUGUUACCAUGCGCAAUGUAGGUUUGCUUAGCUGUAGGAGAGUUUUGGAGAAGGCAGCGUUCACCCGUGGCAAAGCGAGCUUGGUCUGCCUGCACGUCUCCAGUUCGAGCCAGUGUUGCUGGUG